GGGCGUAUCCCCAGAGAAUAUACCGGAUAUCUAAGUGAUCGGAAUGCUACUGUACUAGUAAAGGUCGGUGAUCAGGUCUACGGGGGUGCUCGUGAGAUCAGGAAAGGGAAAAAGGAAAGAUAAGAUCAGGGGGUGAGAACGCUCUGGGGUGGGGUAAUAAAGGUGUAGGCACAAGCACGAGACGGGGUUUGGGCGAGCGAAACGGGAAACGGUGUCCUUAGCCGGUCGUGUGGCAUGAUCGGGAGAAAAGGUUGAAAGGCAGGAUGCUCACGAUACAGCGCUCGGAAUUGCUAAGAGGGGGAGAAGGCUGCAACCCUCCCGGCACGCAUUUACUACCCCCCGUUGCACCCAGGGCGCAUUCCGUCUCCGAACCCGCCGAGAGGAGCGUCUCCUUCAAUCGAGACGUCCACGUGAAGAGGAUCGGACGUGGUUUACCGCGCGCAACCGCGGCUCUCGUGGGCGAUGGAGAAGGUAGGUUGACCGCCACCCCGGUCCGCAGGGAGAACAUCGCCACGAAGAGCAAGGAGGAUCUCGUACAGGAGGCGGCCCUAGUCCUGCAGCAGGCGGACAGCACUCGCUGCGUGGCACGCGACAAUCGACGUCUGCCCGGUCGCUUCAGCACCCUGCCGGCGCGUCGUAACAAGAAACGCCUCGAUUUGCCGAUCGAUGCGAGACCACGCCGUGGUAGCGAGGAGAUCGGCGCCACGACCGCGAACGCGGACCUGGACACACCGCGGGCCAAGAAGAAGUCACUGGAGAGGAGCACCAGCGAUGCCAGCGCGAAGAAGCUGAAGGGCUCGCUCACGCGAUUCUUCUCGCCGAGCUUGGAGAGGCGCCGGAAGCCGGUCGGCCGAAGCGCGAGCGACGCGGGCACCUGGACGCGCAACGGAGCGCAGCGCAAACGGAGCGGCAGCGAGAGCGAGGGCUCGCACCUGAGUACCGUCAGUCAGCGAGCGAAGAAGCAGCUCUCACCGAUAAUCGAGUCAUCGCCGCAUAUCAAUCAACAGCCGUUUCACUUCGACAUCGCGAGCGCGGAUCGCGAAAACAAUAAUCGACCGGAGCCGAAGAAGCCUAAAAAACAAGAGGAGCGUACGAGCCCGGCUAUCGAUGUCGACGAGGUGACGAUCGAGGUGCGGACCGACGAGCCUGCUGAUAGAUCGCCCAGCCGAGAGGCCAGAGUGAUCGAGCAUCACAUAUUCGUCGAGGGCAGAGACGACGUAGAGAAGAGGAAGACCGAGGGAAGCAGCCGUACCCCUUCGCCCCCGAAAGAAUCGAAACGCGGGGCAGACGAGGUCGACGAGGCGGGCAUGCUACACAGUAGUCGUUACGACCUUCAGAAACGCAACGAAGAGUCCACCAUUCACAAAAUGAUUCACCGACUGUCCAACGACCGUUCGCCACCGCCGCAAUUGACCAGGACGAUGGUGUCACCGUCGCCGGGAUUCGGUCACAACAACAACCGGCCGUUCUCCUACACUAGACCGAACGAUUCCUGCAGCCCGCCGCCGCCGGCGCAGACCAACGUAAUUUACGCGCAGGUGCAGCCGGACAAGAAGAAGGCUCAGCGGAGCCACUCCGACAGCGACGAGGGCCUCGGCCUCGAGAGGAAGGACUCCUCCCGCGAGAACAGUCCCGCGGAGAAGGAGUACCGCAGAACCGAUUACUCGUACAGCAACGAUCUGUGUCGCAACAAUGAGAUCAAUACCUUCAAGUCGAGAUACGAGGAAGCCCGUAAGAACGGCAGCCCCUUCGGCAAACACUUGGGCGGCGCGAAGGACUUCGUCUCUAGAACCACCGAGACGACGAGACGUCACGAGUUCGACGAGAUCGACAGGCGUCUGUACGACAAACCCGAAAAAUAUACCUCGACCGUGUUCGUCGACACUUCCGGUCGAGGGAGGGCCGACGGCAUGGACGCCAGACGACGGGACAGCGGCGAGUUGGCCUCGAGGCAGAAUGAGAGCGGAAUCUCGCAUAAAACGUCUGAAUUGAGCGCCCGACGAGAUCUACUGGAGUCCAGGAUCAAGUCCAGGCUGCUGGCAGACGAGAUGUUCGCCGCCAAGAACAGUGCGAACGUGCCGGUGAAGAAGUCGAGCGAGCAUGAGAUAAUCGACAAGCCGAUAGUACCGUCGCCGGUCACGCCGAAUCGGAUCGCGUCGCCGAAACGAUACAUGGACACCUACAUCACGGAGACGCGCACCAAUAGCAACGGGGAGAAGUACAUCUUCGAGAAGGAGAUACACGAGGACAACGGCAAGGUGUACGGCUACGAGAAGAAGAUCACUAACAAAAUCCCGACGAACGGCUACCUGGACGCGAAACCGAAGGAGGGCUACACCGUGGAAACCAGAACGGACAAGUACGGCGAUAAGUACAUCGUGGAAACGCGAACGCACGAGGGUUACACCGACAAUUUCAAGCCGUUUCUCAGCGAUCGAAGCCGAAGCAGCCCCGAGGAGAGAUUUCAGGCCGUCCGAAACGGCGGCAGCUCUUACAAGUCCCCACAUUAUCCGUCCGAGGGGACCUCUACGGCGAUAAAUCAUUUCCGCAGCGAGUCGCGGGAGAACGACGAGCUGUCGUCGCCGAUCAUCGCCAAGAAACUGAACGAGCGCAAGUUCUCGAAGAGCGACGAUUUCCUGGAUCGCGAGAGCCGGCCGACCAACCGAGACGCGUAUCUGCCGAAAACGAAGAAGCCCUUCGAGUCGAUUCGCGGCAUAAGUAAGUCGACGCAGCGAUUGGACGAGGUCGGAGAGAACGCCAGAGUGCGGGCGCUCAGGAGCGAGUACACGACGAGGUCGCACGAGAAUCUAAGCAGCCACGCGGGUUACGUUAACGCGCGAGACACGAGACGCCCGACGUUGCUGGACAGCCCGACGAUGAACGGCCGCGGGGAGAGGUCGCCGUUCACGAAGCGUCAUCUGGACAGUCUGCGCGAGGGCCCGAACGACGACUACGACACCGAUAUCUCGCAGAUGACCAGCAGUCAGCUGGAGUCCAAGUACUACAAGGAGACGCGUACCACGCAGAGGUACACGAGCGGUAACAAACACCCGAUCCACGACGAUUACGACAGCUCGCCGCCGAGGAUACGCACCGAUCGCGGCGGUUACAAUUCCAGUCGAUACGAUUCGGACACCACCGCCAGGGACUCGAUACGUUGCGAAACCCGCUACGACGAGACGCGCACCUCAAGGAAGGAGCACCGCAAGGACGACGAUCCGAAGAAGCCGUUGAGGCGAUCGCGCAAUCGGCUGGACUACUUCGACGAUUCCGACAGUCCGCGGGGGAAGGUGUCCUCGGUCAGUCGCUUGGAGACGUUCGCCGAGACUCCGACCAGACCACCUAGGACCUAUCACGAGGGCAAAUCGAGACACGCGAGACAAGAGGUGCGAGGGCACACCGAGCGUCGUCAUCGCGAGACCAGGCUGAGCGAUCCAGAUCGAAAGGAUCGGUUGGCCGAUUCCGGGAUCGAGAACGAUUACAGACGGGACUCCCAGGAAGCGGACAGGCGCGAGCAGCUCGAGUCCGAGGACGAAGGUUUCGUCAGCCGGCAGUUUAUCAAGCACGAACGACGGCACACCGAUCGCAACAUGAACCUGACGCCGACGUCCGAGCAACGCAAGUACGACAAGUACGCGAGCGACUCGUCGUCAAAGCCGCCGUUAGUCACCGCGAAGCCGCCUUCCGGCGCCGCCGAUAAGAAGUACGAAAAGAAGGCGGCGAAGAAGAGCGGCACCAUGAGCAAAGUCAAGCAGCUGUUCAGCAAGAAGGAGAAGAAGGCGAAGGAGGAGAAGAGCAAGAAGAGCGCGAGGAGCGGCAGCAGCGGCGCCUUGACCGACGACGAGGUGACCAUGAGGUAUCGAGAGUACCGCGGAUAUCAGCUGAGGAGCGCCAAGAGCGCGCGGGAUUUGGGCAGCGACAUCAAUCAGGAGGAUUAUAGUCAACGCAGACGCUUAUCGACACCUAGCGGCAGCCCGAGCCCUCCCAGACCGACCAGACUCUCGAGAUCCACCGGCACUCUCACCAGAGAGGAAGAGUCCUUCUGCGAGUCCAGCAACACCCUGACCAGGGACAACCAGGGCCAAGAGGCGGAGAGGAAAGGCUGGUUCAAGUCCCUCUCGAGGAAGAACAAAUCCAACGCCACACCGGUGGAUAAAAAGCCGAGAAUACCCGAGAGCGAGAUCUUGACGACCGGCACCGAGGAUGAGGAAGCUUCCUCUGCGCCUGAACGAGUUUCCGUGCAAAAGAAUCUCCGCUUCUUCGGCGAUACGGAUCAGGAGUCCGUCUCGUCCAACAGAGACCGCAGAAGCAAACGAGUUGACGACCACGCCUGCUCGAGGCGUGAUGUCACGAAUUCGAAGCGCCACAACUUGGGUAUCAUGUCAGGCCCAAGGAAAUCCUCGAGACUCGCUGAAAGCGCGUUAUCUUCGGGCGAGAGUACAACGGGCGACAGCAGCCAACAAAGUCAAAACUCUCAGAGAUCGCAGAGAUCUGUCGUGUAUCUCCAUGCUGCUACAGUCGGCGAAAUACCAGGCCCGAAUGAACGACGCCGGGCGGCGAGUCGCGAGGAGUUAAAUCGACCGUUGCAAUCGCACACGAGAACGGUGUCGAGGAGCGUGAGCGUCCUUGCUCCGUGGAAGCCGCGACACUACAGGGAACCGUUCGAGAUCAACUACGAUCAACAACAGCAUGCGAAACCGAUCGCGACCAUGAGACGCAGGCAACGGAGCCGCGAAACCCUCAGCCGCCGUGGAAAGGAAGCACGGCGAAGCAAGGACAAUCUUUCCAAGACAAGUACGAUCAAUCGCAGCACGCUAAAAUCGAAGGACAAGCAGAAAGUGGACAGAACUGUUUCCACGGAAUCGCUGGCCACCAAAUCGCGAGGCAUAGGCUCCAAGGCGGAGUUGAACAGAUCCACGUCCGUGCCGCGUGACCCGAACAAGAGCGCGGGCUGGUUCAAGCUGAAGAGCAAGAAGUCCCGCGCCUGAAUCGGACGGCCAUUGAUCAAUGCUAGUCUCGAGUUUCAUAAGUGUAAUUCGUAAUUUCGUAGGCGAUUAAUAGGCGCCGAUAUCCGGCGCGCGCUGAUUAAUAACGCGACGCGACUUAUCGAUAAUACACACCGUUCUCGUACACCUCUUAACACGCACGCGAGUGUCGAUCGCGCGGGUUUUCUAAUCUCUUAACCGAGUAGCACGCGAUUGCGGCAACGACGCGUUGAUCGAUUUUGCGAUUUUCUUUGGAAUAUUCUGUGCUACCUAAAACAAAGUUUUAAUCCCCGCAUAAAUAGAUAUACGCACAUAUCUAUAUACGUAACAGAAUAAAAACAAUUAUCCAGAUAUACAUAGGCACACGCGAAGAAGCUUCGACCUCAGUUACUCGUCAAAUUAACGUUGUUGUACUCGUUGCGCAUUAAAUAAAUAACGUUCUUUGUAACAAGGAAGAUUGCAACAGAUCGAAUGUAAACUCUGGAAAGGUAUAUUAAAUAUCAAGUGCAUUCUAAAGUGAGAACCUUCUCAAUAUGUCGAAUAUGUUGCGUUACUUCAACAGCUUUCUCUCUGCCAAAUUUAACGGAUUAAAUUUGCUGCGAAUGAUGAGAAUGCGUUCAUAAUAUAUUCGCAUACAUCGACGAAUUAACACGCCAUCGUGUAUUAACUUUUGUCUCUCCCUCGGAAUCUGACAAAAAGUGCUUCGACCUCUCGUACUUUCGCGUAACAAAAUCCAUACGCGUAGCGCAUCUCACGAAAAAUUAACGCGUCACUUUAUUCUACCGUGAAUCAAAGUGCCAUCCAUCAUUUUUCUACAUUCCUAUAGCGUAAAUACACUCUUCGUUAAUGAAAUUCCCGAAUGCAAAUGUCGAAACGAAACACCUUUCUUUGUGACAAACGUUAUAUAGCGUAACAAAUAGAUUCCAGAAGAAAUGUAUUUUCCAAAAUUUUAUCCUGACGAUCGAGAGAUCACCUCGACUUGCGAAACGGGCAGUUACGUACAGCGAUACCUACAUUUCCCCGUGUAUAGAUCAAUUUCAUCUCUGCAUGCCUAUUGUAUAUAAAUACUUGUGUUGAUAAUCAUAAUUCUUAAUCUAUUUUUACCAGGCCUUAUGUGUGUCUUCAGAUAAAUAUAUAUAUAUAUAUAUAUAAAUAUAACUCUUCCUCUGUACAUUCAUAGAUCACAGAUUACACAUGCACUGUUGCGAAAUUCUCAACAGGGAUCGACACAGACUCCCGUCUAUAUUUGAUAACAGUGUAGCGGAAUAAAAGCGCGCGAUGCUAGACAUUAUCUGUUGUACUGUGAUACGCUUUUUGCGUGUGGACAAAUUAAUUACGGCGACAUAGUCAUCCUUGCACCACAAUUACUACUUCAUUCCUACCCCCCGGUGCUAUCUACGUGUGUGUGUUUGUGUACAUAUGGAUCAUCAGGCGAUAUGCAUGUAAAUAUCAUGAAUACUGACGAUAUUGUACGGAAUUACGAAUAAAACCUAUUAUCUAUUAACACA